AUGGAUAGAAAUCAUGUGCGUGCAACUGUUAUGGGUGCAGCAAGUGCUAUACUAGCUAUGGGAGUUCUUCUAUUACAACAACUUAGGAAUAGAAACCAAAUAGAACAUGACAUUGUCAAUAGAGAUAAUGAGCGAGAGAGUUACAUAAAUAGUAUCUUGUGUGAGGGUGAUAACAAAUGCAUUAGCGUUAUUAGAAUGCGACCUAUUUCCUUUUAUAAAUUGUGUGACCUUCUUGCUACUAAGAACUUAUUACGCACAACUAGAGCCGUAAGUAUUAAGGAACAAGUUUUAAUAUUUUUACAUAUAAUAGGUCACAAUGUACGCUUUCGAGUAAUUGGAUCAAGGUAUUAUAGGUCAAUUGAGACAAUUCACCGUUACUUUAGAAGUGUUUUGAGAGCCAUUUUAUCUUUGUAUACGAACCUCAUAGUAUUACCGGACGGUGAAGUAACUCCUCAUGAAAUCAUUAGCAAUCCGCGAUUUUAUCCCUAUUUCAAAGAUUGUUUAGGAGCAAUAGAUGGAACCCAUAUUCGUGCAUCCGUGCCAAUUAAUAUGCAAGGAAGUUUUCGCGGACGUAAGGGUGGAACAACACAAAAUGUAUUUGCUGCCGUCACUUUUGAUUUGCGAUUUUGUUAUGUGCUAGCUGGGUGGGAAGGUAGUGCACAUGAUUCUCGAGUCUUGAACGAUGCACUCACACGUCCAAAUAAAUUUAAAAUUCCAGAAGGGAAAUAUUAUCUUGGUGAUGCUGGAUAUGGCAUACGGAAUGGAAUACUUACUCCAUACCGUGGUGUUAGAUACCAUUUGAAAGAGUUUAGUGCUCAUCGUCCUGAGAAUAAGAAAGAACUUUUCAAUCUUCGUCAUUCGUCCUUACGUACAUCUAUUGAGAGAGUGUUUGGAAUUUUGAAGAAACGGUUCCGUGUGUUAGAUGCUGAACCUUUUUGGGAUUACCAGACACAAGUGGAUAUAGUUUUAGCUUGUUGUAUAAUUCAUAACCAUAUUAUGGGAGUUGAUCCUAAUGAUGAGCUUAAUCAAGCAACAGUUGAUGUUGAUGACGAUAACUUGUUGCCCUUAUCUCAUACGCAAACAGAAGAAAGACAAGAAGUUAGACAAUGGAAUGCAAAGAGAGAUGAGAUCGCAGAACAAAUGUGGAAUGAAUUUCUUAUUAGGAACUAG